CGCAUUGUCGCCAACGUGUUAAAGGAAUGCAAGAGUCCACUGAUACACGAACGAGAUCUUGCAGCCCGAGUUGGUGCUUUCACAACAGACUGGUUCAACAGACGCCUCCUAGCAUUCACACUCUUUGUCAGUGACCAUCAGUGUGUCCUCCAUCCUCUUGCCAACGUGCUCCUCGGAUCUCUUAUUGUUGAAAUCUUUGGGACAACCAGAUACGUUGUGUCCUCGGGCAUGGAACCGUGCACUUGGCAGUGUGACAAAAGUUGUCCUAAGAAAUUGAAGUGCACGAAUAUGUGCCGUGAAAUAUGCAACCGCAAACCAUGCAACCAGCCCUGUCCAAAGAAGAUUAAGAAAUGCAACCAUCCAUGCACCGGCCUCUGCGGAGAACCAUGUCCUCCUCUAUGCAGAAUAUGCAACCCAGAACUAUCUGAGUUCCAGAUCUACGGGAACGAAAUCGACGAGGAUGCCAGGUUUGUGUACCUACCAGACUGCGGGCACUGCAUCGAAGUGAAGGCUAUGGAUCAAUACAUGAAGAUGGAAAUGGAAGUAAUCGGGAUGAAGAAAUGUCCCCUUUGUCACACGGUCAUCUGGUCGUCGGUGCGGUACGGGAACAUCGUUCGACAGCUCUAUCGCGAUGUUGCUGCUGUGAAGGAGAAGGCCUUUGGUGACCCGAAAAAAAAUCAAGAUGACUUCUUGAAGUCUUUCCAAGACUUGUUAAGGCAGAGUGCGAGCUCUCAUCACUUGCGACCCGAAUUCACGAUCCUACAAAGGAAGACAGAGGUGGAGGCGAAAAAGAUCCUGAAUAAAAAAAUGAAUUUGAGCAAUACACAAUACACCCCGACAAUCAUAAACCAAUUUGAGAUCCUAUCCUUCAAGCAUCAGGUGAACUUCCUGGAAAAUUUAGAUCUCGCAACCAAGCAAGUAAGGCUCCAGACCACUGUCCAAGCUCGAAUCAUAAGUACAGCAAAGGAGGAGUUGGGUGUACAGAGGCACCCAAGAGCCAUGCAACACAUUGAAAGAGCGAAAGUCCUGCUCCUCCGUCCGGAACCCUUCGCGGAAGAGAUGAAGCAAGGGACUCUUUGGGAGUUGGAUGCUGCAUCGCGAGCCUUUUUAGGGUUGGGGAUAUCCAUUAAAGAACGAAUCACGAGCAUCAAGACCGUGGACCUGGGACAAGGACACUGGUAUAAGUGUCCCAAUGGACACAUCUAUGCGAUUGGAAGCUGCGGAGAAGCGAUGAAGGAAUCGAAAUGCAACAUAUGCUGGGCCGGGGAUGAGUGGGAAGAAGCAUCCGCUUCUCACUGGGGACUGGCUUCUUGGAAAAAUCAAUGAUUCGCAUCACUCUGUC